UCCUUCGGAUUUCUAUUACCCCAUCGCAUCAUCCCACGCUUCAACGUCUAUUUGCCGCACCGACGACGACAGCAACGAAGAAAAAAAUUAAUUCCGUCCGUCCGUUGCUUUCGAUCCGCCAGCCAGAUACAACACACACACAUUCACACACACACUCCGAGAGGAAACACCGAGAGACGGACCGACAGACCACUGAGAGAGACAAAGAGAGAAAGAGAGAGAGACUGAGAGACUGAGACUGUGACUGUGACUGUGACUGUGUGAGAGAGAGAGAGAGAGAGAGAGAGAGACCGACGGGCGAAAAUCAUUCACCAUGGCCGCCGAAUACACCGGACUGCCCUAUGUUCCGCUCGUGCACGCAUUCGAUGGCUCAAACACCGAAACUGGCGGCGACUCUUUGACCGAGGACUUAAAUGUCUGGUACCAGACUGGCGAUAUGGCCUGGAUCGUGGUGUCGACAGCGCUGGUGCUGUUGAUGAUUCCCGGCGUAGGCUUCUUCUACUCGGGCCUCGCAAGGAGAAAGUCGGCCCUGUCGCUUAUAUGGCUGUCAAUGAUGUCGACUGCCGUCGUUAGUUUUCAGUGGUUCUUCUGGGGAUACUCUCUCGCUUUCAGUCACUCCGCUGGCAAGUUCCUUGGGAACCUCGACAACUUCGGAUUCCGAAAUGUCCUCGGUGCGCCGUCGGUCGGGAGUUCCAAGGUCCCCGACCUUUUGUUCGCCGCCUACCAAGGCAUGUUUUCGGCCAUCACUGUGGCCCUUGCCAUCGGUGCCGCAGCUGAGCGCGGUCGGAUGUUGCCUUGCGUCGUCUUCAUGUUCGUUUGGGCCACCCUGAUCUACGAUCCGAUCGCCUGUUGGACAUGGAACCCUGCCGGAUGGUCCUUCAAGAUGGGAGGCCUCGACUUCGCCGGUGGAACGCCCGUGCACAUCUCGUCCGGAUGUGCGGCCCUAGCCUACUCGUUGAUGCUCGGCAAGCGCCGUGGCCACGGAACCCACGAACUGAACUACCGCCCGCACAAUGUCACCCACAUCGUUCUCGGUACCGUUUUCCUCUGGGUCGGAUGGUUCGGGUUCAACGGAGGAAGCGCACUGGCCAUGAACCUGCGUGCCGUCAUGGCCAUUUUCGUGACCAACUUGUCGGCGUCCGUCGGUGGUAUUACUUGGUGCCUUUUGGAUUACCGUCUCGAGCACAAGUGGUCGACCGUUGGAUUCUGCUCCGGUGUCAUUGCCGGACUCGUCGCCAUCACUCCCGGAUCCGGAUACGUUCCCCCGUGGGCUGCUGUCAUCUACGGUGUUGUCGGUGGAGCCGCAUGUAACUAUGCCACCAAGCUCAAGUUCGUCAUUGGAGUCGACGAUGCCCUUGACAUCUUUGCGGAGCACGGUGUCGGCGGAAUCGUUGGCAACAUUCUCACGGCCUUCUUUGCCGCUGAUUACAUUGCGCACCUCGAUGGCUACUCCUCGAUUCCCGGUGGAUGGGUCAACCACCACUGGGUCCAGCUCGGCUACCAGAUUGCCGACUCGGUUGCUGGUUUCGCCUAUGCUUUCGGUGGAACUUGCAUCAUCCUCUUCAUCAUGAACCUGAUUCCGGGCCUGAGUCUGCGUGCUAGCGAGGAGGCCGAAGUUCUUGGAAUCGACGACGCUGAGCUUGGAGAGUUUGCCUACGAUUAUGUUGAGCUUACCAGAGAGGUGAUCUCCGAGGAUGAGUCGGUACCAAAAUUCUCGACUGACAACGGAACCGGAUCGGUGGCCCGGGGUCAACCCAUCGAGAAAUAGAUGCAGGUACAAACACCAACAUGUUUCU